AUGAAGGGCGGAGCAGCAGCGACGGGCCAGGCCAAGAGCAGGCAGGGGGAUGACCUCCUCAAGGAGGGCGACAAAUGCGCGCGCACCUCUCUCUUCAAGUGGACGCCCGACUGGGAAGGCGCCUUCAUGGCCUACGAAAAGGCCGCGCUGUGCUUCAAGGCGGCCAAGGACCAGGACAAGUGCAAGCACGCCCACCUCAAGGCGGCCGAUGCCCAGUACAAAUGCAACCUGGUGCACGGGGCAGCCAAGAACUACGAGGCGGCCGGGCACUGCGCGAGAGAGCAGAAGAACUGGGAGGAGGCCGUGGACUACUUCCGCAAGGCCUCCUCUCUCUACACCGAAAACGGCACCCUCGAGAAGGCCGCGGAGGUGCUGACUCAGGCGGCGCGUGGCCUCGAGGACAGCAAUGCCGAUGCCGCUGCCGACCUACUCUUGGAGGCUGUCGAUCUGCUCGAACAGGACUCCAAGCGAGGCGCUGGGGACGCCUUCAAGCGAGCCACUGCAUUGCUUAUCAGAAACCAAAGGAUCGAGCGUGCGAUCGGGGUGGUGGGCAAGGAAAUCGAGUUCCUGCAGAGCAACAGCGAGGGCGGCAAGGGGCUGCACGAACUCCACAGGAGCCACCUGGCCCUGGUGAUCCUGCACCUCCACCAAAACGACUACGUGGCCGCCGACAAAGCCUACAACCAGGCUCUCUCGUGCGAGGGCUUCGCGCCCUCCAACGAAGGCCGGGCUGCAGCAGAGCUGCUCGAGGCGUUCGAGAAUAACGCGCCCGAUACGCUGCAGGCCUGCCUCUCGCGUCAGGUGUUCACCUUCCUGGACGGACCGGUUCUCCGAUUGGCCCGCGGCCUGCACGUCAACGAUAGCGCAGCCUCCGGGUCAUCGUCGUCGUCGUCGAUGGCACCGCGGCAGCAGGGUGAGACAACGGACCUGCGCGCGCAGCUGCUCGCUCGGCCCGCCGCCCCGGCCAGCCAGCAAGAGAAUACCGCCGCCGCCGCUAAGGGAGACGACCAUAGAGAGGACGAGGACGAGGAGGAGAACGAGGACGAGGAGGACGAAAAGUCGAUCUUGCUGUGA